AUGUCGUCUUUCGGAGCAAAGAAGGUUGUGAGAACCUACUCGCGACAAACAAAGCGCCAACUCUACGAUGAGGAACCGCGUACCAAACGAAGACGCGUCGAGACCACUAUCGAAUACACCAAAUCCACAGCCUUAACGUCACUCGAUGCUGCUCCCACGGUCAUCGUGUCGUCUCUUGAACGUGGAAGCUCUACCCCUCCUCCAUCCAGCCCGAAAGAUUCGCCCGCAGUCUUCUCAGACGAACCGCCUCAGUCUAGUCCACCGUCAUCCCCAGUCCCACGCAGCUCGCCGCCGCCUGUUCAGAAACGGCGGCCGGUCUUCUCGAUAUUCAAGAAGCAACUCAAGCCUAGAGCGCCCGUCAAAGAAGCCCUUGUAGAACAGAGCCACAAUGUGCAAAGCUCGCCGAAGCCUGCGCCUAAGAAGAAGCAGAUGGUGCAGAUGCAGUUAGACUUGGCAUCAGAGACGCGGAAAACGUGUAAGACAUGUGGGAUGCAAUAUAUACCGUCGCAUGCUGAGGACGCGGCGCUACACAAGAAGUUUCAUGCGAUGAACCUUGGUGGAGUGGACUUCACCAAGCCAGUCGUUGAGCGCUUCAGGAAGAAUCAGAUAUGGAGUGGUGAGGGGGGCUUUAUUGCUGUGGUCGGAAGGAAGGAUACACUGGCGCUGCGCAACCGGGCCAGCGACGUGCUGAAGGUCGUGAAUACGGAGCUUGCAGCUGUUCCAAUAUCAGACGAUGAGCUUUGGGGACAGACCAACCGGACAGCCUGUGCAGACGCGACUGAAAGAAGAACUGCGAGUUCGAAACAGCAGUCCUCAGUGAAGAGUGAAGCAAACGUGCCCCUUGUCGAUCGAUUCAAGAUAUAUCUAUACAUUCGAGGCAACAAGUGCGUAGGAGCAUGCCUGGCGGAGCGUAUUUGGGAAGCCUACAGGGUCUUGAACUCCACCACUUCACUCGAACAGGAAGAUGGAGAUGCUGCCGUGUCGCAGAGCUCUUCUAUUUCUAUCAGCACCGACUCGGAUCCAGUGACCCUGGGCAUAUCGCGUAUAUGGACUUCGAAUCAGCACAGAAAGAAUGGUAUUGCUACCAGACUGUUAGAUUCCGUAAGAUCCGACUUUCUCUAUGGGCUAAACGUUGACAAGGCCAAAGUCGCUUUUAGUCAACCGACAGAGAGUGGAGGUAACUUGGCGCGAAAGUGGUUUGGCUGCCAGGCUGGAUGGCAUGUGAUUGUGACACAUGCAUAUCCGAGUUCUCCAUUGGUAGGCAACAAUGCGUACGAGGUACGAUGGUGGGGUCUGUUCGUUGUCCCGCGCCGGAUCGCCAGCACCUGCAUAUCGGCGAUGAUCAAGUCGCAGAGCCGACCAUCAGCAGCAGCAUUUCUUGCGCUGCACCAUCUCACCGCCUCACCCAAGCUUCUUCCAUUGCUCGAAGAUGCCGCCCCUCCGCCGACAAAGACAAAGAAGUCUGUCCGCAUACUUUCUCCCACUACGACAAUCCCACCCUACUCGUUUGACGACAAGCAUGCGACUCUGAGCGAGCUCAGAGACAGGCGAUCGAGCCAAGGUCCUCCUGCGAGCCCCCCGCCCCCCGUAACACCCGCUGGCUAUGCCAACAGUUCAGUCACAGCAGGCGAAGCCAAUGCUCAAGUUAUUGGGAAAGACGCCAUGGCAGUAGCAGACGUGCCCCCAAGUCCAAGUCCAUACGUGAACCACCCUCAAGCGACCCCGCCGCCGAGCAACGUACCGGCGAAUCCGUUUUCGAGAACGCUGGCGUCACUAGAACCGCAAGAAAGGGAGAACGACGAGGAGCGGACGAAUACGGGAAGACCAAUGUUGGGCAGCAGCAGGGCAUCUUUAGACGUAGAGAGCUUCAAGAACCUACUCAUGACCGGAAAGCCAACUCCGCGACCAUCCGGUCCGCCUCCGCAGCCCACAAGCGUGUCACAACCACUUGCUGGCGCACAGUUCGAGACUAGCAGUAGCACAGAUACCUCGUCAAUCUCGCGGCAGUCGCUAUUCGAGCCCCCGCAAGAGACACAUGCAGAUUCUCCGCGUACAUCUGUCGAUAUGGCUGGAUCUGACGAGGACGAGAGUAUGGGGCUGGUAUCCGAAGUGAAGAAGGGCAAAAAGAAGCCCCCACCUGCACCCAAGCAUCGACACGGGAAGCUGGUCGCGCCGAGACAGCCACAGACAGUGUCUUUCGAAAGCUUUGCCGCUACCGAACCAGCACAAGCACCUUCUCCUCCAGCUAUUAGACGAACCGACAGUUCAGAUAUGCAGAAGCCACUCCCACCAACCCCGGUUGCUGCGCCGCAGUCCCUCCAUAUCAGCACACAGGAUACGACACCACUACAGUCCCCACCAAUACUACCGACAACGAGUCAGCCUUCAACACCGUCAGAGAGUUCAACUCGACAAAAGAAGACACCUCCGCCCGUGCCGUUAUCUCGGAGACAAAGUCAGCUCAAGACUACAACUACAGGCAAUAGAUCUCGAAGCAGUUCAAACCUUACUAUAUCCUCCCAACAUUCAGUCGAUGCCCCACAGAGCCCGGGUCCAAAUACCCUCGACCCAUUGUUCGGAGCAAAAUCACCACCCCCUCCUCCACCCUCACGGCACGGCGCACGGCUUGCGAACCUAGGCAACUCAAGCGCAAACUCUUCCAGUACCGAGUUACCACAGCGGUCGAGCUCGGGUCGAAUGCCGAGAUCUGUUCCUGAGCCUCCGUCGUCUCGUCGGAGCACUCUAGAGUCACAACCUUCUUCGCCUGCACCUAGUGUGCACCGCACCUCAUCUAUAUCAUCUAAUCGCAACACCCAUCGCAAUGUCUCCGGAGAAAGUACAGGAAGCAAUAUGCCGCCACCUCCGCCACCACCAAGACGUCGACAGUCAAAUCGCUCAAGCCUUGACCAGCAAAGGCCUCAUGUGUCCUAUUCCUCUCCUACGGAAAGUCGAAGAACGAGCACAGAGUAUCGUCGCACAAGUACAGAACAGAGGCGAUCGAGUGUAGCUAGCGAGAGUUCGCUGAGAAGAACGUAUGAACCUGUGGAUGAGAAGACCGAGAAUGAACACGCUUUGUACUCGCCAAUUGAGGAGAGCGAGAGAAGGCUAGGUCUUGAUGAGAACAUAAGCGGUGGAAAGGAAGGCGAAGGGAGGAGUGAUUCGAGUAAUAUCCUUGACGACAUGGAGAAGUUUCAGCGCGAGAUUGAUGAGCUGAGGACGAGAUACAAACAAGCGGGAUAG